AUGUGGACACAUGAGCAAGAAGAUGUGACGGAGAGCCUGGGCGAGCUCACAAGAGACAGCUGGCUGCAACGCCUCGACGAAGUGGCGGUGACCCUGCAAGGGGUGCCCGUCUGCACUUCGCCGCAGUCUGCAGAGGUUGCAGUGUGCCCAUCCCUGGCAGUGGCUUACGCAGCUUUGAGCUUUCUUUCUUUGGAGAGGAAGAUCGAGUUCUUCAAAAAGGAGGACUGGGACCUCACAAAGCGUUUGGAGGUCCUGGAGAAACAGAUGGCCGAAGCGCAGGGAAUGGCUCGUGCUCGCAAGGCCCUUGCUGGUGUCUUCCUGGACAAGUCCGACAGCUAG